GCUGGGCGGCUGGGCGGCGGCGGCGCGCACUCGCGUAGACGGUCGUGGGCCAUGGUAGUGGUGGCAGCGGCGCCGAGCCCGGCCUCUGGGGCCCCCAAAGUACUGCUUCUGUCCGGCCAGCCCGCCGCCGCCGCCGCCGCCGGAGCCGCGGCCGGCCGGGCCCUGCCGCUCAUGGUGCCGGGUCAGAGAGGGGCCAGCCCCGAGGCGGCCGGUGGGGGGCCGCCCCAGGCGCGCAAGCGACAGCGCCUCACGCACCUGAGCCCGGAGGAGAAGGCGCUGAGGAGGAAACUGAAAAACAGAGUAGCAGCACAGACUGCCAGAGAUCGCAAGAAAGCUCGGAUGAGUGAGCUGGAACAGCAAGUGGUAGAUUUGGAAGAAGAGAACCAAAAACUUUUGCUAGAAAAUCAGCUUUUACGGGAGAAAACUCAUGGCCUUGUAAUUGAGAACCAGGAGUUAAGACUGCGCUUGGGGAUGGAUGCCCUGGUUACUGAAGAGGAGUCAGAGACCAAGGGGAAUGGAGUGAGGCCGGUGGCCGGGUCUGCUGAGUCCGCAGCACUCAGACUACGUGCAUCUGCAGCAGGUGCAGGCCCAGCUGUCACCCCCUCAGAACAUCUCCCCGUGGAUUCUGACAGCGUUGACUCUUCAGACUCUGAGUCUGAUAUCCUGUUGGGCAUUCUGGACAACUUGGACCCAGUCAUGUUCUUCAAAUGUCCUUCCCCAGAGUCUGCCAGCUUGGAGGAGCUGCCAGAGGUUUCUCCAGAAGGACCUAGUUCCUUACCAGCCUCCCUUUCUCUAUCAAUGGGGACGUCAUCAGCCAAGCUGGAAGCCAUUAAUGAACUAAUUCGCUUUGACCACGUAUAUACCAAGCCUCUAGUCUUAGAGAUGCCCUCUGAGACAGAAAGCCAAACUAAUGUGGUAGUGAAAAUUGAGGAAGCACCUCUCGGCCCCUCAGAGAAUGAUCACUCUGAAUUCAUUGUGUCGGUGAAGGAAGAACCUGUAGAAGAUGACUUCAUUCCAGAGCUGGGUAUCUCAAAUCUACUUUUAUCCAGCCACUGUCUGAAGCCAUCUUCCUGCCUGCUGGAUGCUUAUAGUGACUGUGGAUAUGAGGGCUCCCCUUCCCCAUUCAGUGACAUGUCCUCUCCACUUGGUGUGAACCAUUCUUGGGAGGACACCUUUGCCAGUGAACUCUUUCCCCAGCUGAUUAGUGUCUAAGGACUGUUGCCCUUGUCCUUGACUCUUAACACUGCCUGGAGGAGAGGAGAGAAGGCUAGCUGUGCUUUAUUCAAAAAGCCAAAGUAGAGGGCAUACAGUCCUAGAGAAUUCCUCUAAAGUAUUUGUCUAUUCAGACCUCAUAGAUGACUCCAAGUAUUGUCUUCUCAUAUCCAGCAGUCCAAGGUAUUCAGACAUAUUUACUAUAAGUUAGAGCUACAACUUUUGAGAUUGUACUUUUAAGGGCAGUAGUUUGCCCUGUGAUACUUAUGUAAGGGUCAUCUGACAGGUGUCUUAGACAGUGGAAUUUACGAAUGGCCUUUUAUCAGUUUUUCUUUCCCCUUCUCAAGCAUCACAGGCUUGCCUCCAAUUUUAGGUCCUUUAGUUUGCUUCUGCAAGCAGAGAAAACACCUAUCUGAAGGGGCUCCUUUUUCCUUAUGUACAGGUUCAAGUAAAGAUCAAGAAUCUUAUGAAAUUAUAGAAAUUUACUAUGUAAAUGCUUGAUGGAAUCUUUUUCUGCUACUGUAGCUUCUGGAAGGUGCUUUCUUCAUUUAUUUAAAACUACCCUUGCAAAUUAAAAAGUGCAAUGCA